GCUAGCAGUCUUUACGUAUAUUCAGUCAACGCCGAAGGCAGGUUGACCCAGUGCUCCGUGACUUGAACUAUUCCGUGCGCAGCUAUAGAUUUCACAAAAAUAACCUGUGGAGCUGAUGCGAAAAGUUAGUUCAACGGUUGCACGUGCGAUGUUUUCGGCAACGUGACGCGAGUAUUCGAGGCUCUUUGGAACGAGAAAUCCAACUGUAAGUCGUCCGGGUUUCGAAAAAUGGCAACGGGUAAGCGGCGCCCGUUGCACCCGUCGACGGGUGGUUCGGGUAUCCCGUCGUCGGCGAACCUGAACUUCCGUCCAAAUGUGAACACGGAGGACCGAGGAGGCACGCGACCGACCUCGACGCCGUCGUCGGUGGGUCUCGUCCUGGUGACGAUGCUGAUACACCUCUGUAAAAAGUGGCUCCUCUUUGACACGCGACUCCGAGUAGCCUUUUACUGCGGAGCACUGUUUCUCGUUUCGAUAGUAGCAGACUUCAUCCCGAUGCCUCGCACCUACUUUUCAAGAACAGACACCUUCUUUAACCAGUUCUUUGUCAAGUGGGCCUGGGGUUGGCUUCUCUCGGUCAUCAUCCCCUGGGUGACGCUCACGGCAUAUACCCUCGGCUGUGGGCGAAGGGUGAUUCUGGCCAAGCAUUUGGGUCGUGCAAUUUUUGCCACGGUAGCCUGGUUCAUGUGGACAACUACGUUCAGGAUGAUUGAGAACCAUUUCGGUCGAUGCUUGAACACUCGCGACCCUCAGCUUCAAUCCAGGUUUACGUGUUUACAAGCUGGGCGGUUCUGGAUUGGUCUCGACAUUUCUGGGCACGCCUUUAUCCUUGUCUAUUCGAGCCUUAUUCUCGCUGAGGAAGGAUCCACUCUCAUUGGAUGGGAAGGAAUAUCGGAUCUUAUCAUGCGCGAAGAGCACAACAGGAACACAAUGGCUGAAGCAACGUCUAGACCACUUAGAACCUUGUCAACUAGUGAUCUGGCGUUUUUGAAGAAAACGCACCAGGCGCUCACGCCGUACCUCAGGGCCCUCUUUGUAGCUAUGACCCUUCAACAACUGCUCUGGGACCUCAUGCUGUCUACUACUAUACUGUACUUCCAUAGCAUGGUAGAGAAACUGUUGGGCGGACUCGCCGCCAUCCUCACUUGGUACAUUACGUAUCACUGGUGGUACAAACUACCAAAAAUGAGUCUCUCUGCACCCUCAGAGGGCCUUUUCAAGUACAACGAUCUUAAACCGACUCGUGAUCCAGCAGUAGCCCGUGCCAGGCGUGGAACGCUAAAUGGAUCUGGUCCCAGAUUCAUGGGAAUGCCUCUUAGGACUAACCAGGAAUAUACAGAGUUUCAGAGUUCGACUAGGCAGUCAGAGGCUGAACCAGUUAACUGAAUUUAUGGUCCGAGAUAAUUUGGCUAAUAAAUCAUAAUGUCUAAGUAGCGUUGAAAAAACGAGGAAUUGCAAAAGAAUUUGGGAUUUAUUUCUUUCCAAACGAUGAGCAAAGUAUUUCGCUAAAUCCAUGACACAAAACUUGCUUUCCGUAGUUCAGAGUAUACUGAAAAUUUACAAUUCCCACAAUUGAAUUUAUCUGUUAAUUGCAUUGCGGUAGGAAUGACCACAAAAGCCUCAUUAUACUUAUAUAGCAGUCAAAGUUUGUGCAAAAGUGCUUAUGUUCCUUUUGUACUAUUUAUUUAUUGCCAUCACUUCGUAUUUUUGCAUUUACGAGACAAUCAAACUUGAUAUAAAAUAUUUAAUAAAAUAAGUAGAAGCAUUUAAAAUGACUCUAUUAACGCUCAGUCUUUAACUAAUUUGUGUGCAAUGAUUUUGAGUACUGUGGUUGCAAUUUUAAUGACUUCGCUUUGUUAAAGCAUUACACGUAAUUCAUUAUAAUAAUUCAUUCACUUCAUCAAAGAAACAGAAUAGAAAAAGAUGAUCCAUUGUGACAUCAACAAGUAAUUCAAUGUUUUACUACUCACAUUUUUUCCUAAUUGCAGAAUUGGUACGCUAUACUUUAUUUCAGCCUUUAUAGUUAACAUUUACUGAAUUUCUCCCAAUUCUGAAGUUGUGAAAUAGCAAUUUCGUUUGACGCUACAUUACAUUAACGUUAUGUAUCUAAACCUCGUGCAUUUUUUGGAGUAAUAUUUUGCAAAGUUAGGGAAUUUUACAUGCCAAUCUCACUGGAUACCAUGUAAAUAUAUUUGUCCGGUGUAAACAGAUAUAUCAAACGCUUUACUACCCUCUACCUGGAUUGUUACCUGAAUUUUGUAUUAGACCAAUUGCUAUUUAUAAUACAGCAUAUUAUUUAUUAAUAUAUACACAAUACACAUAGUAUAAUUUAUCCACGUGUUUUUAUUGGUGUUGUUUUGUUUGUUUUAUUCAUGUCAGGCGGUUUUCAAUGGGAGUAUUUAUUAUUGUAAUAUUGACUUAAACUUUCUGAAGUACUGAUUAAAUAAGUACGAUGACGAGCUUAUCAUGCACGAGUUUGAAAGUAAUUGCGGGUGUUGGAUACAAAUACUAUUACGUUUCGGUAAACUUGGUAUCACAUAAUCAUUGGAUCUUGGGCAAAUUUCGGUGUAACUAGUUUAUUGACAAGUGUAUUUUAGAAGGUAUGAAUUUAGGCGUUAAAAUUUACAAGAAUACACAUCUUUCAUAUAGAAUUCAUUUUUAAGCUGUAAAAAAAUUUAUUUUUAUACAUUUCUAAAUUUUGUUUAUUGUCUUAAAUUCACGACCCCGUGAUCUUGCUGAACCUGAUCAUGAGACAGAUUUUCAUUAAUCAAUCAAUGUGUAUUGGGCAAUGGGGAACUAUAUUAGUUGUUUGGUAACUAAGGAUACUCUAUAAUAAGUCUCCACUGUCUUUCUUGAAUAAUAAAUUUAUUUUAUCACUGA